AUGAACCACCUCGAACCUGAACUCUUUGCUCACUACAAGCAACUCCAAAAGGAAGAACCUGUCCUCAAGGAAAAUCCACAUCGUUUCGUUCUCUUCCCAAUCGAACAUCAAAAGGUUUGGGAGAUGUACAAGAAGGCCAUGGCAUCUUUCUGGACUGCUGAAGAAGUGGAUCUCCACACAGAUAUUGCUCAAUGGGAAACUCUCAAUACCAAUGAACAACACUUCAUCAAGACUGUUUUGGCCUUCUUUGCUGCCUCCGAUGGUAUUGUGAAUGAGAACUUGUGUCAACAAUUUAUGGCUGAAGUUCAAAUUCCUGAAGCCAGAUGUUUCUAUGGAUUCCAAAUUGCCAUUGAGAAUAUUCAUGCAGAGAUGUAUUCAACUCUAAUUGAAACCUACAUUAAGGACACGAGAGAAAGACAUCGUCUCUUCAAUGCCAUUGAUACUGUUCCAUCCGUUCAAAAGAAGGCUCGUUGGGCUUUGAAAUGGAUCAACUCGGAUAACUUGUUUGCUGAACGAUUGAUUGCCUUUGCUUGUGUGGAAGGUAUCUUCUUUAGUGGAUCUUUCUGUUCCAUCUUUUGGAUGAAGAAGAGAGUUUGA